AUGAGAACCAUGAUAACUGCACUCAAGAUCAUGGAUUCAUUGCGUGACAUGCUUCGAAAACCUUCCUUACAAGUCAUGCAUGAAGUUCUCAAAUUCAUCUUCAACUCAUGGAUGAAGGAGGGAACAUCUGUCCGGGAACAUGUGAAUAAAAUUGUCCCCGCUGUUGUCCAGAAGGGGAAGAAGGCUAAGGUUGCAACCAAAUGGAAAUGUUUCCACUAUGGUGUUGACGGGCAUUGGAAAAGAAUCUGCCCGAAGUACUUGGCCGAUAAGAAGAAAGUAGAAGGUAAAUUUGAUUUACUUGUUCUAGAAACAUCUUUCAUGGAGAAUGAUGAUUCGUCUUGGAUAAUUGAUUCAGGAGCCACUAAUCAUGUUUGCUCUUCUUUACAAGCAAUUAGUUCCUGGAGGCAAGAGAUUUCUCUCUGA